UGCGCCGCCAUAAGUAUUCCGGGCUCUCCAGCCGCUUCCUAGCUGGGUUUUCAGUUCAGCCGGCUCAACCUAGGCAGGGCCGGGUAGGAGGGCCUAGCGGAAGGCGGAGUGAGGGUCGGAGAGCGCCGCCCCGCGCUUCGGCUAGGUCUGAGACGCGCCGGCCUAACGUGGCUGCUCCGGGGAAGCGGCGCCUCCUCCCAACCAGGACCAGGAGGCGGGGGUUCUCCCCGCCGCCUCCUCGAGGCGCCUCUUCCCGCUGCGCCCGCACCAGUCUGGUCCUGGCCCGGGGUCCACGGUGGAGGCGUGUUUUUUCCUCCAGCCACCGCGCCCCCUCUGUUUAAAAUCGGCCAGUCAACCUUUUUGUACUUUCUCCAGAGGGAAAAGCAUCUCCGCUGUUCUGGAAAAGGGACCCAGCGUCCUCUUGUCACCGACCAGGCGAUUGCCUUGCGUUACGGUCAUUUUUUUCCAGGACACUUUCUGUCUUCAUCAGAGGAACAUCAAGGAGGCAAGGCUGGUGGCUAGAUUACUGAUGGAUUCUUCUCAGCACUUAGUGACCUUUGAGGAUGUGGCUGUGGACUUUACCCAGGAGGAGUGGACUUUAUUGGAUCAAACCCGGAGAGAUCUCUACAGAGAUGUGAUGUUGGAGAACUACAAGAAUCUCAUUAUACUAGCAGGGUCUGAAUUCUGCAAACCCAGUCUCGUGUCUGGAUUGGAACAAAUGGAAGAGCUGGGGACAGGAGUGACAGGAGCCCUGCAGGAAUUGGAUUUGCAACUCAAAACCAAAGGCUCCCCACUGCUGCAAGAUAUUUCUGCAGAAAGAUCACCAAAUGGAAUACAAUUGGACAGAAGCAAUACUGCAGAGAAACUCUAUGACUCUAACCAUUGUGGAAAAGUCUUCAGUGAACACCCAUUUCUUAUGACUCACAUGAGAACUCACAUUGGAGAGAAAACUUCUGAGGAUAAUCAGAGUGGAAAAACCUUAAGAAAGAACUUUCCUCAUAGUUUUUACAGGAAAAGUCAUGCUGAGGGGAAAACGCCUAAGUGUGUUAAACAUGAAAAAGCCUUCAACAAGUUUUCAAAUCUUACUAGGCAGAAUAAAACUCACACACAAGAGAAGUUGUGUGAAUGCACAGAUUGUUGGAGAACUUUUCUUUAUCAGUCAUCCCUUAAGGUACAUGUAAGAUCUCACAAUGGAGACAAACAUUAUAUAUGUAAGGAAUGUGGGAAAGCCUUCAGUAAUUCCUCACACCUUACAGGACAUGGAGGAAUUCACAGUGGAGAAAAGCCCUAUGUCUGUAAAGAAUGUGGUGAAGCUUUCUUUCAAUCCACAGGACUUAAAUUACACAUCAGAACUCACACUGGAGAAAAACCGUAUAAAUGUAAAGAGUGUGGGAAAGCCUUCACCCAUUCUUCAUACCUUACUGAUCAUACAAGAAUUCACAGUGGAAAGAAGUCCUAUGUAUGUAUGGAAUGUGGAAAAGCCUUCACUAGAUCCACAGGACUUAUUUUACACAUACGAAUUCACACUGGAGAAAAGCCAUAUGAAUGUAAGGAGUGUGGAAAAGUUUUUAUUCAUUCCUCAUACCUUACAAAACAUGUAAGGAUUCACAGUGGAGAGAAGCCAUAUUCAUGUAAGGAAUGUGGGAAAGCUUUUACUCAUUCCUCAGGACUUGUUUUACAUAUGAGAACACACACUGGAGAAAAGCCCUAUGAAUGUAAAGAAUGUGGGAAAGCCUUUAAUAAUUCCUCAAUGCUUAGUCAACAUGUAAGGAUUCACACUGGAGAGAAGCCAUAUGAAUGCAAAGAAUGUGGGAAAGCUUUCGUUCAAUCCUCGGGCCUUAGUACCCAUUUAAGAACUCACACUGGAGAAAAGGGCUAUGGAUGUAAGGAAUGUGGUAAAGCAUUUGCUCAUUCCACAAAUCUUAAUAUGCACAUGCGAACACACACAGGAGAAAAGCCUUACGCAUGUAAAGAAUGUGGGAAAGCCUUCAGGUAUUCCACAUGCCUUAACGUUCAUAUGCGAACUCACACUGGAGCAAAACCAUAUGAAUGUAAGAAAUGUGGGAAAAACUUCACUCAAUCUUCAGCACUUGCUAAACAUCUAAGAACUAAGGCAUGUGAAAAAACCUGAAGUGUUCCUCAGAUCUUAGUAUUUACAUCUAAACUCAUCUGGAAACAAAUCAUAUGAAGGUAAAGAAUAUGAAGAACCUUCACUGAAUUUCCAUUUCUUAUAUAAUAGGAAUGAAUUUAACAUGGACACAAGUCCCAGUGAUACAAGGAAUAGGCGAGAGUAGUAGUUCUUCACACCUUAUAAAGUGUAAGAACUCACCUUUGGGAGAAAAAUCUGGUUCUAAGACGUGGUAAAGCCUGUUUCUUCCACUAUUGUUUCUGUUUCUUUU